GAACUAGCGGAUGCAAGAUGUGAUGCACUUCUGGCCAUGAUCGAGGACGAGCGCGGCGAGCGCGAACGGGCCGUGCAGGAGAUUCACAAGAUCUUGAUCGAAGUUUUCUCCAUGCUGCACAAGAAAGAGGAUGAGGAGAAGGCAUCUGUACAACUGGUGGAGCAGGCAAGUCAAGCAGACCUCCCUGUGGCUGAGCUUCGAGACCUAGAUAAUCGAUUCACAGAGCUGGAGCAUUUCUGUAAGUCACUGAAGUCUGACUUAGAGCAGUUCGUGACCAACGAGGCGGAGGAGCGCCUCCAGCGACAUUGCUUACAGCUGGAUCGCCUAUUUGCAUCGCGAUUCCAGGAUGCAAUGCCGGGCCGAGAAAGCCGCGUCAGGGCAUCCAAAACGGAAGGUCAGAUUGCCGGUGCAGCCUGCACGGCUUCCAGUGUGCCCACACCACGGCCGAUGAAUCAAGCCAGUCGCGAUGUUGGUAGCCCAGUAGACGGACGUGUUCUUCGUGCCGUUUCACCACAAUUUACGGCGAACCGCACGACCCCUGCGCUUCCGGUUAGCGUGGGGACGCCGACCAAUGCCAGGAGGCCGCAGCCCUCCUGGGGUGCAAACAUUCGCCCAGGAUUCGCAGCCAGGCCGGUAUCUGGCUACACUGGCCUAACUGGGAGUGUUGCCAGGCGAUAG